AUGUCUCGUAAACAAUGUGUGGUAGCACUUAAGAGCUUAGGUGUUGAUGGAUCUUUUGAUGAGAUUCUUUGUUCAAUUUCUUAUAAUUUAGAUUUUAUUCAUCAAGAUUAUGUUCAUAGAGAUUUUCACAGCGGCAACAUACUUAUGAUUAGUACCAGAAGUGUUAAAACCAUUCCUUAUCCUAUAGAUGGAUGUGCUUCAGGAAGUGAGAUUAAUGAGGUUUUGCACGUUAGUAAAACUAUGCGAUCUGAUGAAAAUGUUUCAAAUAAGAUUUAUGGAGUAGUGCCAUAUGUUGCAGCAGAAGUUUUACAAGGAGGAAAGUUUACAAAAGCUGCUGAUAUUUAUGGCUUUGGAGUUAUCAU